AUGCCUCCACGCUCGCGGGGCUCGCAGGAACGACAGUCAGCAAGCAACUUCGUGCCUGCAGUUGGCAAUUUUAGUGUGCAGUACAACUUCACUUCUGCAUCCAUCGCUGUUCAAGUUCUCAGCGACCCAGGAUACCUUGGCUAUGCACUCCGCGAGGAGCCGAGGUGGGCGGAGGAUUUCACUUUGGCAACGGUUUUCCUGGGGGCAAUGCUUGGCAUGCUGGUGAUGGGACGUCUCGGUGAUCUGCUGGGCCGAGCCAGCGCCAUGCAGGUGACCCUGACUCUGACCGUGCUGGGAUCCUUGAUCCCAGCAUGCGCCUUAGGUGGUAGCAAUGCCACGUAUGCUGUGGUAUGUGUAGGACGCUUGGUCCUUGGACUCGGUGUAGGCGGAAUCUAUCCCCUAUCUGCUGUUUCGUCUGCCGAGGGCUGUGAGGAAUCGGCAGCACGAGGGAAGCAUGUGGGGCAGGCCUUUUUCUUCCAAACCUUUGGCCAGCUUGCGCCAUACUUGGUGGCGAUGCUUUUGUUGGGGCUGCUUCAGCCUUCCACUCCGGCAGAGUGGGUGCCGCAACUCCAGUUUCGACUGCUGUUUGCUCUCGGGGCAGCCCGCACCUUGUGCGUUGGGCUAGGUCCCGACUGGCAGGGAUCGUUUCCGUUCUUCCCCGAGCUGAGAGGAGCAGCUCCUCGGCUUGCGCUUGGUACAGGCAUAGUCAUCCAUGUGCGCGCCGAAUGGCUGUACUGCACCGCGUGCAUCACAGGUGCCGCAUUCAUCCUGGCACCAGUGUUGCUGACAGGGUGCUCUGGCACUCGUCCGGCGCUGGGCGAGACUGUUGGAGACUUGGCUGGAGCCAGAUACAGCUGA